GUGCCAUGGUCGUCGCAUGGUGCGAGUAUCGGCUUGGGGCUGCGCAGCUGCUUGAUGCGAAAGAUGCGGUGGCUUACGCGUGGAGGAUGUGGGCCUCCCUCUCGCAUGGGUGCGACCACGGUCAUGGUGUUGCCGAAGAUGAGGAAUGGUCUGGAGCCCCGUUUGACCUCGAGAUGGGAGAAGAAAGUGCCGCCUGCAAGGUCGCUGCACCAGAGAUCUGCUCGGUCAACCCAUUCGCGUGCUUCUGGUUCCUGUUGGUAUUGGGUCCUCAGCUUGUCGAGUAUACCGUGGAUGGUUUGCGUCGUAGCUUUGCCGGCCUGCUCCCGUUUGACUGGGAACUCUGGUAUUGGAGG